AUGCAGGAUUCUGUUGCCUCAUUUCCGGUAGUUGUGAACUACCAAGUCCACAAUGCUCCGCGAGUGGCCCUUAACUUCCGGUUUCGCCAUUCCAAAGUUCAGUAUGACGCGGCCGCAAAUGCCGUCGCGUCAUUUCCGGUUUUCGUAAAUGAUAAUAAAGUCCAUAGUCCUCGCCAUUCCAAAGUUCAGUAUGACGCGGCCGCAAAUGCCGUCGCGUCAUUUCCGGUUUUCGUAAAUGAUAAUAAAGUCCAUAGUCCACCUCCUGAAAGUAUAAUUCUCCAACACAUCUUAUAUUAG